AUCAAAUAUUGUGAAGAUAAUCAACCAACAAUCUUAAUCGACCGCGUCUCAGCUGGUAAAUUAUAUUUUUGAAAAUAUUUGCAAGUGAAUUUCGCACGCAAACGCAUUUGCUUACUCUGCGCUUUGCACCAGUAGCAACGCUAACCAACCAACCAAUCAACCAACGCCCCAUUCCGGCACAACGUCACCACCACCGACCCGCUACCGUAGCAGCAAACUGAAAAUGUAUAACUUUUGGAUAAUCGUUUUAUGUCUAGGAUUAUUAGCAACCAAGCCAAUAAAUGGACAAUCUGAGCUGGAUGUGCAAUUAGUGGUGCCGCGGUAUGUGGAGCGCGGCUCCAGCGCCACGAUGAAAUGCAAGCACAAUGUGCGACCGGAAAUACUUUAUAAGGUGACGUGGCUCAAAGUUGACAAGGGUAAAUUCUUCGAAUUCAUAAAUGGACGGAAUCCGCCAUUCCGGAAUACAUCCAUUGGCGGCGGUGAAAUUGAUUGGGAAAAUUCCAACGAGACGCAGGUGACGUUGAAAAAUGUUGACUUUGAAUUGUCGGGACAAUUUUUCUGCGAGGUUUCAACGGACGCGCCUAUCUACACCGAGGCGUCGGUGGAUGAAUUAUUAUCAGUAUUCUUGCCGCAAACUGGACCGCCCAUAAUAAAAUUCCGGAAGCGAAUGCCAUUUGUCAUCGGCGAAAAGUUAUUUGCUUUAUGCAACACGACACGCGCAUUCCCAGCACCGCACAUCACCUGGCUCAUCAAUGGCAAGAAGGUGGACGAUAAAUAUGUGCGCACGCAUCACGCCUACUCAAUGACUAAUAAAGGUCAUCGACGAACGCAGCAACAACAGCAAAUACAACAACAAUUGUUGCAGCAAAAAUACUAUCAACAACAAUACUACAAUCAGCAUCAGCAACAGGAAUAUCAUGUACCAUAUUUGAUCGAUCGAUAUGACAAGAGCUUACGCAGGAGCGGCGGACGACCUGACGAUUUCACUUCGCACAGCUCAUACCAUCAUGAUGGUCAUCAUCAUUCUGCGAACAUUUACAAUAAUCCCUUCAGCUCCUUGGCCAACAUGCACGAAGUUUAUGAUAACCAUGAGAUACAUCAGCGGAACUACGACAAUAAACCGAGGGAAUCGAAGAAGCAUAGAAACUCAUCAAAACAGAAAUAUCGACGGCACAUCAACGAGAAUGCUCUCGGCAUAAUACGCAGCACACUGAAUAGCGGCGGUUUUGGCCCACAGCCGCCUAACCUCAACAACGAGCUCGGCAUACCAGCGAAUGCAGGACCGAUGAGCCAACUGGCCGCCGGCUAUGGACGCCCCAUAUCACAUGCCGGCGGUGGCAUGGGUGUGGCAGCAGCAGCUGCUGCCGUUGCGGCAGCGACUAAAGAGCGUGGCAUGUUCUCGCUUAGCCAACUCAAUAUAGACUUGGAGGAGGCGCAUAACAAUAAUGGACGCAUGGAACUGACGUGCUUGUCCACAAUACCAUCAGCCAUAGGUCAAGGAGAGCAGUUUGCUGAUUACAAGACGUACUCGGUAAAAGUUGAACUCAUGCGAGCGGAAACUUCGUCGACAACAACAACGGCACCCAGCAUAGGGAUGGCAGCAUUAGGGAACGGCGCCUCACAUGCCGCGGAAACAGCGGCGGCGGGACGGCCAACAAUGAGCCUAACAUUCGGCACCCGCUACACAUGGGUCACAGUGGCAACGCUGGCAGCUGUGUUGCAGAUGUUGUGCUAUUGAAGGCGCCAAUAGGAAGCUACAAAGGGCAGCGGCACCGGCCCGCCGCCGUUGAGUGCCACCGCCUUCGGUUUGUGCUGCAGACCUGCGACGGCCCACCGAACCACCGACCGAAGGUAAUGGAAAAUAUAGACAAAAUAAAAGGCCCGCUGUAGCUGCAACUACAACUACAAUUUGACCCAGCUGAUAUGUACCUUUAGAAAAAUAUCCAUCUCCAUUUCUUCAACAAAACGCGAAGCAGAGUACAGAAACAAACAGGCAAAACAAAAGUACACACACACAUGCAUACACACGCACACUUAAUAACAGCCGUGCAUAUUUAGCAGGUGCAGACGCAGGGGAGGUGCAGACGAGUGCGCAUAAAAAUAAAAAUGAAACGGUGAAACGUAAAAUGGAAAAAUCAAAAUGCGAAAAGGUGAAGCGGUGAUUGUGUACUUGCACUGUUGUUGUUGUUUUUGUUAGAUGUAAAGGGCCUGGGCGGUGCCGCUGCCGUUGUCAGUGCCGGCUGGCCAAGGUGCUGGGCAGCCGGGCGGCAAACAAUGGAUAAUGACUGCAUGUAAAAAGUAGGAAUUAAAACUGUAGCAGAAGAAGAAGAAGCAGACGAGGCGGGAGCAGAAGUAGUAUAGCAUAAUAAAUAUAAAAAUAUAUCAAAUUAGAACAAGUAAAGCAGGCAGCUGCUAAAAGGGAAAAGCAACAAAAGACAACUAAAUGCACCGAAAAAAAACAAGAAAGAAAUUGAAAUUUUAACUGAAAAACUUUGUGAACUUUAAAGGGAAAACACACACACAUACACAAACAACAAAUAUAUACGAGUCUAAACUACGAGGCAACCGGAGAACCGGAAAACGAACAGACUAAACUUAAUUGCACAAAAGAAAUGAGGCGAAACGUCCGCCCCACCGGCGACUAGCGACUGACGACUGUGCGCCGAGCACAACAUAUGUAUGUGUAAGUGUAAAUGUAAGUGUUUGUGCUUGUGCUUGUAUUUAGUUGUAUAGGUGUGCAAAACUGUAGGUGUAUAUGUACAUGUGUAAACAACGGCGCAGACUUCGUUGUUGUAGGGGGGCGAGGAAACUUUUGAGAAGCUUUACUUAUUUGCUCGCAAUGUAAGACGAAAUAAAACAAUAAUUUUUCUUUUCUAUGAAAAUUGAAAUACAAAUAAAAAUUCAAGUAAAAAUAAAUUACUAAAAACAAAAAGUGCAAAUUAACAAAAACAAGAAAAACAACACAGUGACGCAACAUAGAGCAUUAGUUGAGCGUAAAGUUUCAAUGAAGAGGAAAAGUUAGCCAUCCGAAAUCUACAGAGCUGUGCUCGAAGUGUGCAUGUGCGGUGUGUUUUUGUAACUUGUAAUAAACAGUAAUAAAAAGGGUAGUCAAAGGAUAAUAAUUUUUUAAAUGCAACCAUUUAACGAAGCACACAUUUGGCGGUAAGCUUCCAAGUCAGUAGUGGAAUUGGCAAAGUUUUUUACCUAGACGAGUAGCAUUUUCAUACAUACACACAUACAUAUAUAUAUAUUUAUAUAGUAAAAUACUCGUACGCUAGCAAAAGUGUUGCAAGUUUUGUGUACAUUUUAGCGCAAUGUUAUGGAAAAAAGUAAAUUAAAAGAAUUUUGUGUAUUUGCAACUACUUUCUUCAGAAAUUUGCAGUAUUUUUUUUUUUUGUGAAAUUGAGAGCAGUGCUUACAAAUUUGCUUCUGUGUCAUAAAAUAAUUACCGUUGUUAGAUAAUCGAUGUGAA